AUGGGUUUCACCGACUUUGUUUCUGACGCUGGCCUUACCAUUGCCAACACCUUCUUUGCUUCUCGGAGCUACGUUGUUGGCCACGCCCCCUCUCAGGCCGAUGUCGUGACCUUCAAGGCUUUCUCCAGCGCCCCUGACGCUGAGAAGUACCCCAAUGUUGCUCGCUGGUACAAGCACAUUGCUUCCUACGAGGCCGAGUUCGGCAGCCUUCCUGGUGACGCCUCCACAGCUUACACUGCCUACGGUCCCGAGGGUGCUGAGCUCCCCGUGAACCCCAAGGACAAGCCUGCUGCUGAGGAUGAUGACGACAUGGACCUCUUCGGCUCCGAUGAGGAAGAGGAGGAGGACCCAGAGGUUGUUGCCGAGCGUGAGCGUCGUCUUGCCGAGUACAAGAAGAAGAAGGAGGCCAAGCCCAAGGCCGCUGCCAAGUCCAUUGUCACACUUGAGGUUAAGCCUUGGGAUGAUGAGACCAACCUCCAGGAGAUGGAGGCUAACGUCCGUGCCAUCGAGAAGGACGGUCUGGUUUGGGGUGCCUCCAAGCUCGUCGCUGUCGGUUUCGGUAUCAAGAAGCUCCAGAUCAACCUUGUCGUUGAGGACGAGAAGGUCUCCACCGACGAGCUCCAGCAGGAGAUCGAGGAGGACGAGGACCACGUCCAGUCCACUGACGUUGUUGCCAUGCAGAAGCUGUGA